GCCAAAACAUGGCUGAAAGAAGAGUGCACUGGAGAGUGCCAGAGUAGACGGUUUAUGAUUGAUAAAUGCAUAUGUUAAUGUUACAAAUAGACAUUAGCUAUGAUUGUUGUGAGAAGAUCGAUGGCUGGACACAGUAAAUGGGCAAACAUAAAGUUUAAGAAAAUGCAUAGAGACAUUGCAAGAGCAAAAGUUUUAGGAAGAUUACAUAAGGAAAUUGUUACAGCUGUUCGAGAAAGUGGUUCCGACCCAACACUCAAUGUAAAACUGGAGCAUUUGAUUCAGCGUGCAAAAGCUGCAAAUAUGACUAAAGAUAAAAUAGAUUCAGCUAUCAAGUCAGGUGUUAAGAACAUGGGUGAAGUCAGUCACAGUUUAUUGAUAGAAGGUCAUGGGCCUGGUGGAUGUGGAAUAUUGGUUGACACAUUAACAUCAAACAAGAGUAAAACCAGAACAGAGAUAAGAACACUUUUUACAAAAAAUGGAGGUCAUGUUGGAGAUGAGGGUUCUGUGUCUUUUAUGUAUGAGCACAAAGGGAUUAUAAAUAUCACAAAUAGUUGGGUGUCAUCAGAUAAUGACAUAUAUGAUAAUGAAGAAAUUUUAAACAAGGCAGAGGAGUUAGCCAUUAAUGUUGGAGCUGAAGAUGUACAAUUUGCAAGUAAUUCUGAGCAAAAACCUUUUAUACAGUUUAUUUGUGCACACGAUGAACUAAUACGAGUCUCCAAUAAGCUGACCAAAGAAAAUGCCUGCACUCUUCUCUCAGCUAACCUGGAAUAUUUACCACGGACACUCGUUGACCUUAAUAAAAAUCAUAUUGAGAGGGUUCAUAAAUUACUUGAGAGAAUUAAUGAACAUGAAGAUGUCGUAAAAACCUAUGACAAUAUUCAGAAUUAUCCAAGUGAAACUUAUAAAAAUUCGUAGCUAAACGAUAUAGUGAGGGGACGUUUUAUUACUCUUUAUCAACUGAUAAGUUACUAAAAUCCCAAUGUCUUAUGUCUAAGCAAGAUAAUAAUGACUGUAUGUACUUAUGU